AUGGAGUAUGGAAACUUUGGAUUUGAACUCUUCAAGUGGUUUAUCUGGGUUUGCAUUAUGAUCCUGUCCAUUUUCUUCACCGUCUAUAUAAGCAUUUUGCUGGCAAAUCGAUUCAACAAUUCGCCACUUCAGACCGUGAUAGAAAGCAUAGAUUACCCUCUCGGUAAUAUUUUAUUCCCAGCCAUCACAAUUUGUUUUUCCAAUCGUGUGGAUUGGUCGAAAAUAGAUGAAGCUGCAGAAAUAUUCAUUCCAAACGGCACCAAGGAGGUGAAGGAUCUAUUUCAGGGUUUUACAUCUAAAUUGGAAUCAUUUGAAUUUGGAAAUUUCCUUCCUUUCCGAGAGUUUGAGAAUGUCUCACUUGAACCUCUAGAUUCAAUAAAUAUUUCGGAACUAAUGGAAUUCAUGAGCUAUCCCUGCGAGGACCACUUUUCAGACUGCAGGAUUCUCUAUUGGUAUGCCAAGUGUUGCAGAGAUCUCAUACCACAAAAAUCUGAGUUUGGAUUUUGUCAUUCAUUCAAUACCAACGGAUUAAAUGGGAGUAUAUACGAUUUGCCUCUAAGGUCAUCGUUGGCCGGAUGGGAAUACGGAAUAGAUUUGACCGCUAUUCCAGGGUCACCCGAAUCCAGAGUACCAGGAAGUAUUAAUCCGAAUGGUGUGAAGGACGAGGCUACCGACUCGAAGUACCUAAAAUUACCGGGAUUCGAAUACUCGCGUUCUAACUGCCUCUCCGCAUGCCGGCAGAACUACCUUGUGGACCGAUGCAACUGCACCCUGGAAGCCUUUUUCCCAAUAGGAAAUUAUACACCAUGUAAAGCUUCGGAUUUUAAAUGCUUGGUCAAAAAUAAUCAUUUUUUCAACCUAGAGACAUUCAAAAUCGACGGCGACACCGCUAAUAAAAAUCAAAGUGGAAUGGUAUGCUUCUGUCCACCAGAUUGCGAGUCUUUGGUUUAUCAAGCAGAAACGCCAGAAUGGCCUUAUUCCGAGCGAAUGAAGCAAGAGCGGAUUUACUUGAAUUUUCACUACAAGUAUAGUACCUUAACCAAAUACAGAACUGAAGUUGUUUUUGGAUGGUUGGAUUUAGUCGUCGCCUUUGGUGGUAUUGCAGGACUAUUUAUUGGUGCGUCUAUCCUCAGCGGAGUUGAGUUGAUCUACUAUUUCACUAUUGGAUUUUGGGUGUACAUGCGCGACCAAAUUGAUAAAAUGAAAACAUCAAGAGCAAAUAAAGUAUCUGCAGCCUCCCGGAGGAUUCUUGCCGUUGCUCCUAGCGAAAUAUUCGUUGAGGAUUACUAG